UCGAGGUUUUUAUUUUCAUUGAUUUUUUCUAGCUAUAUGUUAUGCAUUUAAAGGAAGCUCAAGGAUUGUUGGGUAUAAAUACUUACGUUCCGUGUAUAAUUGAACAUAACACCAAACGACGGAGAAAUCACAAUGGACAAUCAGAUAAACCAGUACGACGCCUAUGUGAUUGCGGGUGAUACAGAAGAAGACAAACUGUUUUUAGAAACCAUGAAAAGCAAUUUAGAAUCUUCAGCUUUUAACUUACGCCUGUACAUCAAAUCAAGAGACGGUCCUGGCGAUUUUGACCACCAAAAGGAAUCGGAAAUCAUCAUGAAUAGUUGUAAGAAGAUAAUUGUGGUUCUUUCUCGAGACUUCUCCCAGAACGAACAAUGCAUGUAUCUACUUAGAGUUGCCAUUUCCAAAUCACCAGGUUUUCAUUUGAGGCAUAUCAUCCCUAUACACAGAGAGGAAUGUCUCGCACCAAGCUGCAUUCGAUUUUUAACGGCAAACGAUUACACUAAAGAGGACAUUCGUACAUGGUUUUGGCCGCGGGUAGCAGCUUGUUUCAAGAAAAAUGUGAUUGGUAUAAGGACAGCCAAGAAAAAUCUACCCGCUGUCGUCUGUUUGCCUGAUAUCAUUGUAGACUCAUUUUCUUCAGAAAAACAGCAAGAGUGGAGAAACAAUUAGUGUACAUAGAGUGAAAUAAGCGCACAUUUUAAGUGUACAGUAAUUCUAGUCAGUGUUACAAUAUUUUAUGCGGAUUAAUAGAAAGCCGUUUAGCUGCUUUUCUGAGUCAAGUCCGACAAUCCGGCUGUUUUGUCGCUCAUCAGUGAUGAAAUCGCCAUAUCAAGUCUCUGUGAUAAUUAGGACAUGAACGCAGUUCUGCCAUUGUCUUUCAAACAUUUACCCACCUGUUUUACACAUAUUCCUAUUUAUAUACAUCUAAUGUCCCGUGUGCGUCUUUGACUUGUUUAUAUUCUAACAGAAAUAUAUAUAGCCAGUGCGUCAAACUUUUGUUUCAGUUGAAGCUUCUGGGUGCUACAUGAAAAUUUGUUGAAUUAUACAUGCUUUUAUGUAUAUUUUUGUUUGUUUGUGCAAUGAGAUUAAAUUUGAAAUAUGU